AUGGCCGCCGCCGCCGCGCCGUCCUCCUCCGAGGGUCCGGUCGCCGUCCGCACCUGCGUCUCCCUCGGCGAGGUAGCGGCGGCUCCAGGCGGCGGCGACCGGGCGGCGGCGGAGGAUUGCGGGGUGUGCGCCAUCUGCCUCGACAGGAUAGCGCUCCAGGAGACGGCCCUCGUCAAGGGCUGCGACCACGCCUACUGUGUAACCUGUAUUUUGAGGUGGGCAUCCUACAAGCAAAACCCUCUGUGCCCACAGUGCAAGCAUCCAUUCGAAUUCCUCAGCGUGCACCGCUCUCUUGACGGCUGCCUACAUGACUACCUGUUUGAGGAGAGCGUUUGCCUUCUCCUGAGGGCCGCUUGGUUUGAACCUCUGAUCGUAGAGGCUCACGAAGAGGCUCUGGAAGAAGAGUUCUUCCACCAGCAAUACCAAUACGAUGACGCCGAAGAUGAUCUUGACGAGGAAUCUUAUUACAUGAGCAGGUCCCCAAGCAUUCGUAUUGGUAACAGGAGAUGGGGUGACAAUGGAUACAUCAGAGGAGGCAGGAAAGAGGCGAGGCCAGUGAAUACUGAUGCUUCUGCUGGUCCAUCCAAGGAUGUCGCUGGAAGGCGAGCGAAGAGGGCACAGAAGCGAGAAGCUGCGGACAGGGCAGCUGCAGAGAAGCACCUGAAGCACCUGCAGAGGUUGGGGCUGAGGAAAGCACCUGAGCCUGAAGUGCCCGCGGAGGUCGGGCCUCAGGUGAAUGAGUGA